AGUGCCACUUGAACACUCGACGCGUAAGGAACGUCGUCAGUAUGGCGGUGUGGUUGUUGUUGCUGCUCGGUGUAGUAUCGCUGCUGUAUUAUUACGUGCGGCGUCGUUACAGUUACUGGACAGAUAAGGGCAUACCGCAUCUGGAACCAACCCUACCGCUUGGUAAUUUGAAAGGUGUCGGAAGUACGCGAAGCUUUGCCGAAUUGCUCGAUGAAGCGUAUGGACGAUAUCUGGGCAAAUCACCCGUUAUUGGGAUGUACUUCCUUGCCAGCCCCAUACUGGUAGUGACCGAUCUGGACCUUGCAAAGCAGAUACUGGUGAAAGACUUCCAUCGUUUCCACGAUCGCGGAAUGUACGUAAACGAGCGGGACGAUCCCCUGUCCGGACAUCUGUUUUCGAUCGGUGGUGAACGGUGGCGCUAUUUGCGCAACAAACUCAGCCCCACCUUCACGUCCGGCAAGAUUAAAUCGAUGUUCACUACGAUUCGCGAGAUUGGUGACGAGUUUUUGGCCGCGUUCGAUAAGUAUAUCGAUCGGGACGAACCGAUCGAUAUAAAGCUACUGUGCCAGUGUUUUACGUGCGAUGUGGUGGGCUCGUGUGCGUUUGGAUUGCAGUGCAACUCGCUGAAAAACGAAGGAUCAAAGCUGCUGGAGAUCGGUGACAAGGUGUUCCGGCAGAAUCCCUUGCGUAUGAUUUAUUCGGUUGCGGUUGGAAUAUUUCCACGCAUUUCGAGAGCACUCCGAUUGCCGGUGCUCCCUGGUGAAGUUUCCUCAUUCUUCAUGCCAGUGGUUCGAUCAACGGUGGAACACAGAGAACGCAACGCAAUCGAGCGUCCCGAUUUCCUCAAUCUGUUGAUACAACUCAAAAACAAAGGCACGGUUGAGGAGCACGAAGCUGCAGAAGGGCUGGAAAAGCUAACGCUGGACGAGGUAGCGGCUCAGGCGUUUGUGUUUUUCUUCGCCGGUUUCGAGACCUCCUCGACAACGCUCUCGUUCGCACUGUUCGAGCUGGCCAACAAUCCAGCGAUUCAGGAGCGGGUGCGUGCCGAAGUGUUGGAAAAGCUUAAGCUUCACGACGGCCAGAUUACGUACGACGCACUCAAGGAGAUGACGUACCUUGAUCAGGUCAUCAAUGAAACGUUACGCAUGUACACACCAGUUCCACAGCUGAUGCGAGUUUCGAAAGAACCAUAUCAGCUUCCAUCAAUGAACGUCACGCUGGAUAAAGGGGUAAUGGUUUUUAUUCCGGUUCAUUCGUAUCAUCACGAUCCGGCCCUAUUUCCCGAUCCGUAUCGAUUCGAUCCCGAUCGCUUUGCACCGGAAUCGAUCAAGAACCGUCACAGCCACGCAUUUCUGCCGUUUGGAGAGGGGCCAAGGAAUUGUAUCGGCAUGCGGUUUGGAUUGUUGGAAGUAAAGUUUGGAGUUGUGCAGGUGCUCAGUAAGUUGCGCCUUAGUGUUGAUCGGCGAACGACGAUUCCUCUGAAGCUGUCGAAAAACUCCGGUUUUCCAGAGGCUGAAGGAGGUAUCUGGCUGAAAGCAUCACGACUGUAACUGUUUUAUUGUACGUGCGUACUGGGUGAUCGUCGGUUUAUAUAAAAAUUAGCUCUGUAUAAAUUUAGCAACAUGUUUAGCUUUAAAAAUUUAGCUGAUAGUUUAUAUUCCAGCAUCAGAUGGCAUGACAUGUUUGAACAAUGAGAUGCAUUCAUGAACAAUGUGUUACCAGAAGACCGGUUUCAAGUUUCUGGACAAACACCAAAUAUUCAGCACAGCAAACAGAUCACACAGCAAAUUACGUGAGCAAUCGUACGGGUGUGGUCUCGGUCGAAUUAAACGGAUCAGCACAGCAUGCACGAAACCACAAACUUUUUCAACUGGUAACUUCAGAUCAGCAUUUAAUUUCUGAUAAUCAUAUCCAAAAAUAAAAAGUUAGCUGCGCAGAAGCACAUAUGCGGAAGAUACAUAUUGUCGAACGGUGUUUUUUUGUUUGUAAUGUGCGAGGGUGCAUGGUGGCGGUGUCAAUUUACAGCGAGAGAAAAAAAUAAUAAAAAAUAAUCAAAUGCCUUUGACCACCACGAGGAGACGGCGUUUGAAUGAGAUUAGAGCGCCCGGUACCACUACACAUGCGUUAGAAGAUAAAACGAUGGUGGUUGUGCGUUGGUUCGCGGUUCGCAAUGUCCAUUAAUGGAUCUCUGACAGAGGGUUGAUGUUCUGAUGCGCUCAGUUGAUUCUUGACUUCGGUCGAGAGCAGUUGUUCGAUUCGCUGAGAUCGUGGGAGGUGUAAUAGAAACUCAACCAUGGCUUACGUCAGUGUGGUGCUAUAUUUGGUGUUGCCGGCGCUUGCCCUGCUGUACUACUAUGUGAAGCAACACUACCGAUAUUGGGCAACUCGAAACAUUCCGCAGCUGGACGCAUCGUUCCCGGUCGGUAAUAUGAAAGGCGUUGGCUCCAAGCUACACUUUAACGAUGUGAUGGGUGCAGCGUACGACAAGGGCAAGGCAAAAUCGGCACCACUCGUCGGAUUAUAUUUCAUGCUCAAGCCCGUACUGAUCGUCACCGAUCUGGACAUGGUGAAACGCAUUCUGGUUAAAGACUUUAACAGCUUCCACGAUCGUGGUCUGUACGUUAAUGAGCGGGACGACCCCCUGUCCGGACAUCUGUUCGCAUUGGACGGUGAACGGUGGCGGUAUCUGCGCAACAAACUCAGCCCUACCUUCACGUCCGGCAAGAUCAAGCUCAUGUUCACUACGAUUCGCGAGAUAGGUGAUGAGUUUUUGGCCUCGGUAACUCGAUACGUCGAUCGGGAAGAACCGAUUGAUGUGAAACUGUUGUCCCAAUGCUUCACGUGCGAUGUGGUCGGAUCGUGUGCGUUUGGAUUGCAGUGCAACUCGCUGAAAAACGAAGGCUCGAAGCUGCUCGAAAUUGGAGAUAAAGUGUUUAAACCACCGGCUUGGCGUAAUAUGCUUACGUUUUUGCUUAUUUCGUGCAAGGAUGUGGCGAAACGGUUACGACUGGCCGUACUGCCAUCGGAGGUGACAGCAUUCUUCAUGCCACUAGUGACUGACACGGUUAGGGAUCGGGAACAGAACUCGAUUGUUAGGCCCGAUUUCCUCAAUCUGUUGAUACAACUCAAAAACAAGGGCACGGUCGAGGACGAUUCCACUGAGGGGCUGGAAAAGCUAACGCUGGACGAGGUUGCUGCCCAAGCGUUUGUGUUUUUCUUCGCCGGUUUCGAGACCUCCUCGACGACACUCUCGUUCGCACUGUUCGAGCUGGCCAACAAUCCAGCGAUUCAGGAGCGGGUGCGUGCCGAAGUGUUGGAAAAGCUCAAACUUCACGACGGACAGAUUACGUACGACGCACUCAAGGAGAUGACGUACCUCGAUCAGGUCAUCAAUGAGACUCUCCGCAUGUAUCCACCGGUGCCGCAAUUGAUACGCGUCUCAACGCAACCGUACUCGGUGGAGGCAGCAAAUGUGACGCUCGACCGAGACACGAUGCUGAUGGUGCCGAUAUACGCGAUACAUCACGAUGCAACCCUCUAUCCCGACCCGGAACGUUUCGAUCCGGACCGGUUUGCACCGGAUGCAGUACACUCGAGACACACUCACGCCUUUCUGCCGUUCGGUGACGGGCCACGAAAUUGCAUCGGUAUGCGUUUCGGUUUGCUCGAGGUAAAGUUUGGCAUUGUGCAGAUGAUAAGCAAGCUGCAGUUUACCGUCAGCUCGCGUAUGCAGUUACCGAUUAGAAUGUCCAAAUCGGCAUCCAUCCUGGAGGCCGAAGGUGGUAUCUGGUUGAAUGCAACCAAGCUGUAAUGGACCAAAAUGGUUUAACCGAUGCGUCUGAGUUAUCUGGUGGGUCGUGUUCGCAUAUCUUAUCAAACUGAUUGACACAGUCGAUGAAACGGUUUUGUAAAAGGGAGAAAAGAAAACGUUCGCCGCAAACAAUAACGCCUUCGAGUUACUUACUGUUACAAUCAUCCCGUCAAUGUAUGACUGUUUGCAACAAAAGUAAAACAAAAUGAGAUUCUUUUUUAACGAAACAAACAAGCACACAAGUUAUUCUAAAAGAAAAUAAUCGAUAAGCUACGAAGCAUACUAAAAUAAGUAGCAAACGCAGGAGCUACAAGUAAUUUCCAUAAUAAUUGCAACGCUGUAUUUAUUUCGUUGAUUUGCACACAUUUAAAUAAUUAUGCAGAUACAAUGGUCAGCCCGUAUUAGCAUAAUUGAAAGCUUUCCUAAAUAGACCAGAAAUAAAUGCAACAACAUAGCUAGCUUCUUCAA